UAGUCAAUCUUUUAUAUCAAAAGUUCCUAGCACGAACUUUCGUUUGUUCCGUGCUUAAAAAAAUUAGAGACGUGUUUUUAUAAAUACCGUUAUUCACAGAAAGAUCUAUAAAAUUUUCAUUUUUACUACUUGUUACUUUCUUAAACCAAGUUGUGAAUAAAAAUAAAAAUGGGAACAGUUUAUGCUAAGGAUCAGGGUACUCCAAAAAAUAUGGAUCAACAUUUCACGAGUAAAAUGAUGCAUAAAAAACAAAAUGAAUUACAAGAUUCAAAUUAUAAUAAAGAACAGGAUUUUGAAAAAAAUCAAAAUAUACGAGUAAUUUAUCUACAAACAAUAAAAGCACGUGUUGAUAAAAUACACAUUGAUGGACUUGAACGCACAAAGGAUGAUAUAAUAAAAUCACAAGUUACAGAACUUUUUAAAGCUCAUGAUUUUCAAGAAGUUAUUAUGGGUGCUCAUAAAGUACGAGGGAAAUUGGAGGCUUUAGGAUGCUUUAAGAAUAUUGGAAUCUUUAUUGAUAUAAGUGAAGGUCCUAAUGCUACCCCAGAAGGUGUAGAAGUUACUUUUAAUGUCCGUGAAAUGAAACGUCUAAUGGGAUCAGUAAAUACAAUGGUUGGUAAUAAUGAAGGAUCAGUUAUUAUUGGAGCAAAAGCACCUAAUAUCUUUGGAAGAGGAGAAAAAGUUCAAGUAGAAUAUGCAUAUAGCAACAAGAAGUCAACUAAUAUAAAUAUCUCAGCUAUUAAACCACUUAUGGAUGACUGGUUGCAUACAAUAUUAACAGGUAGCUUAUACAGCACAUCAAGUUAUUUUCCAUGGUCUGGAUAUACAGAGAAAGAUAAUGGCUUUUUACUAGAUAUAGCUUGCAAUUCUGGAGCAAUAAAUACAAUAAAACACAAUUUUCAAUAUGAAGCAUCAUUCAGACAAGUUAGUUGCUCUAGACAGACAUCAUUUAGUGUUCGUGAACAAUGUGGUCCAAGCUUAAAAUCUGGCUUAAAACAUAUUUGUUCACUUGAUAAAAGGGAUGCUAAACUAUUUCCAACUAGAGGAAGUCUUAUCCAAUUUUCAAGCGAAGUUGCAGGUUUAGGUGGAGAUAUUGGAUUUAUAAAAAAUGAACUUCUGAUGCAGAGCAAUUGGUCACCACAUAAGUACCUUACGUUCCAACUGGCUGCUCAAGCAGGAUUAUUAAGAAGUAUUAAUAAUGAUAUGAAAAUAAGUAUUAUUGACCAAUUUUUCUUGGGUGGGCCCUUAAAUGUUAGGGGUUUUGACAUUAGAGGUUGCGGCCCUCGUAAUGAAGGUAAUGCUGUAGGCGGUGACGUAUAUUGGGCAGCUGCUUUACAUGUUUAUACACCUCUUCCAUUCAGGCCAGGUCGUAAUGGUUUUGGUGAUCUAUUCAAACUACAUGGUUUUGUCAAUGGUGGUAAUCUUUCUAAUCUUACUAGCAAAUUUGCUAAUAAUUAUAAAGAAAAUAUGAAGAUAUUCACAGAUAAUGUUCGUUGUUCUGUUGGAGGAGGUAUUGCGAUGGAGCUUGGAAGUGUUGCAAGAGUAGAAUUAAAUGUAACAAUGCCUUUAUUAUUUGUUAGGAACGAUGUAUUGCGACAGUUUCAAUUUGGUAUUGGUGUACAGUACUUAUGAACAAAUUAUAUUUUGAUAUAGUAAUUGUACAUCUUGUGUCGAUAGAUACGAUUUAUUCCAUUGUAAUGUAAUAAUUGAACAUUUAAACAAAACCUGAUUUUAGUACAAGCAAAGCUUACGAUUGGAUAUCGCUAAUAGUCAAUCAAUUGUCUACAUUGUAGACUAAUAAAAUAUAUCACUUACUCUUGUCUUUUUGUUAAAGAA